UGCACCUGCAUCCACCAAGAUGGCGGCGAAUUGACAGAAGAAAGUAGAUAUGGAGGGGCAAUGUGGAGUCUCUCUGGAACAAGCCAACGAAUAUUUUGGGCAGCAGGAGUAUGGGAAGGCUGCAGAGUGUCUCAGCAGUCUACUGACCCACGUGCCUGAUGCCGUCAGCGAAAGAACCAACCUGCUGAACAGCAGGGCAAACUGUUACCUGCGUAUGAAACAAUAUGAGAAGGUGGUGAAUGACAGUGAUGAAGUUUUAUCUCUGGGUCCAAACAUCGAGGCCCUACUGAGGAAGAGUAAGGCUCUGGGAAAGCUGGGAAGAUUUCAUGAAGCAUAUCAGGCAGUGGAACAAUGUCUGGCUUUAGAACCACAGAACUCUGGGGCACUAAAGGAGCAGGCUCGGCUCCAGACGGUAGUGGAUGCUCUACAGGAUGAGGUUGCUGAGGAGGAGGAGCUGGCAGCAGCAGGGAAGGAGAGGGAGCCUCCCGAGGGCUCGGAGAGGGACUCCCCGAACAUGAACGGGUCUCCCAGUAGCAGUGCCAACUUAGGGAAGACAGUCCAGGGCUCAGGCACCGCAACAACCACAGAUGUGAACCUGUACUGCUCGUACUGUGAUGUCCAGUGUCAGACUAAGGUGGAUCUUCACCUCCACUGCACCAGCCUGGCACAUCAGGCCAUCAUCAUGUCUGACUCAGGCAGAGACUGGAAACACAGACCUCCUCCCAGGGGCAUCACAGGGGACGAGUACACACUCUGUCAGGAGCACAUCAGCCAGGGGAACUGUCAGUUUGGGACCCAGUGUACAGCGGCCCACUCCGAGGAUGAGCUGGCAGAGUGGCAGGAGCGUUACCAGUACCGUCAGAUCCGUAUCCAGCAGGCGCGAGACAGACAGCUGAACGGAGAGUCGUACUCAGAGAAGCUGCUAGAGAGAUGGAUGUCCUCCUCUACUCCUCACUCUGUGAUGAAUGAACAUGUAGAAGGAGUGAUGGUAACGACUGACAACAAGCUGAAUGUGUCUGUGAGCAGUAAGCAGGCCUCCCAUGCCUGGACUUUCACCCUCAACUGUAAGCCUGGAGUGUACCUGUCCCGCGUGGCGCUCCUGUAUGACGUGCACCGGUCACACUUCCACCUGGCGAGCGUGACGAGUAACGGUGACCAGCAGGAGACCAGUCACAACUUGCCGCCCAUGUGUCAGGAGUGGAGCGCCAGCGGCACCGACCCACCCGGCUCCCCCACCAGCCCCGUCACCUACACCAUCCGCCUGGGCUUCAACACCGGCAUCUACGGCACCUUCCGCCAGUCCGCCGUGUUCGACUUCGGGGGCAGCCAGGAGCCGGUGCUGCUGCAGCGAGUCUGCGUGGACGUGGCAUCAUCAGAAGAAAUGAACCGGCUAAAUCAGGUUCGAAACAGCAUGUUAUGUGUCGGGGAACGCUGGAGCAACACCAACAAGACCAUCAUCGAGUUCCUUCCCAAGCCGGCAGACGCCACGGAAAAUGACAAGGGCCUGAUGUCGUUCUACACGCCGCCCGCCUCUCCCGAUCAGCUGUUUACACGAGAAGUGCUGGACGGGCCGCUGACCAAGAACAACUACAAGGGCCGCAUGCACGACCUGCUGUACAUUGAAGAGAUGGCACAGUACAAGGAGAUCAGCAGGUUCAACAUGAAGGUACAGCUGCAGCUGGUGAAGAGUUUCAUGCUGUUGCCGGGGACCAGCGGUGCCAAGUACGCCCAGUCAGGCGAGCUGUACUCACGGGUCAAACUCAUAGAGGACCUGUCAGAGGACACCAUGGCAGGAAGACUCAUACUCAACAGUGUCCAGGCUGUUUUGCUGGCACCCAUGGCAGGGAAGGACUCGUCUCCCGACACCAUCUACGAGGCGGUGGUGGAGGAGAAGGGGAAGGGGUUCAUCUUCCUGCGCCUGUCUGCCACCUGUGUGGCGGACCUCAAGCUAAUGGCAGACAAGGACAUGAAGGCAGAGAUGCAGCUACAACUCAACAGGUUACCCAUAUGUGAGAUGCACUUUGCAGUAGACAAGGUGCCAGACAUGUCCAUCCUCUUCCCGGAGGUGCAACGUCCCACAAACAUUCCAUGGAAUCCACACAGACAGUGGAGUGAAGAUCUAGACCUGCGGCUGAAUGCCAAGCAGAAGGAGGCGAUCCUGGCCAUCACGUCGUCCCUGACGGUGCCCCUGCCUCCCAUCCUGCUGUGUGGACCCUUCGGCACAGGGAAGACCUUCACCCUGGCUCAGGCAGCCAAACAGAUCCUCAAACAACCCAACACUCGCAUCCUCAUCUGUACACAUUCCAACAGUGCUGCUGAUUUGUAUAUCAAGGAGUACCUCCACCCUUACGUCCUGACCAACCACGAGGAGGCGCGCCCUCUCAGGGUGUACUACCGGAACCGCUGGGUGCGGACGGUCCACCCCAUCGUGCAGGGCUACUGUCUGAUCUCCGACAGCGGCUACAACUUCAGGAUGCCGACGCGGGAGGACGUGAUGAAACACCGCAUGGUGGUGGCCACCCUCAGUACCUCACGCUACCUCUGUCAUCUGGAACUGGACCCAGGCACCUUCACUCACAUCCUGGUGGACGAGGCAGCCCAGGCCAUGGAGUGUGAGACCAUCAUGCCCGUUGCCUUGGCAACAAGCUCCACCCGCAUCGUCCUGGCAGGAGAUCACAUGCAGCUGAGCCCUCAUGUGUACUCAGACUUUGCCCGUGAGAGGAACCUCCACAUGUCCUUACUGGAGCGGCUGUACCAUGCCUACCCCUCCAACCACCCCUGUAAGAUCCUCCUGGUGGAGAACUACCGCUCACAUCAGAGUAUCAUUGAGUACACAUCCAAGUUGUUCUAUGAAGGGAAGCUGGUGGCGAGCGGUAAGCAGCCACGACACAAGGAGCACUUCCCUCUCACCUUCUUCACAGCCCGUGGGGAGGAUGUACAGAACCAGAACAGCACCUCCUUCUACAAUAAUGCAGAGGUGUUUGAGGUUGUGGAGCGUGUGAAGGAACUGCAGGAUAAGUGGCCAGAGGAGUGGGGUCCCGUGGACGAGUCCAGCAUCGGAGUGGUCACUCCGUACUCGGACCAGGUCUUCAGGAUCCGUGGAGAGCUACGCAAGAAGCGACUAUACAAUGUCAGCGUAGAGAGGGUUCUCAACGUUCAAGGGAAGCAAUUCCGUGCACUGUUUCUGAGCACCGUCCGAACCCGACACACGUGCAAGAGCGUCUCAGAAAGUGUCAGCAAGGAGCAGGAGCUUGACUACGGCUUCUUGUCUGAUGCCAAGCUGCUGAACACUGCCAUAACUCGUGCUCAGUCCCUCGUGGCUGUGGUAGGCGACCCUGUAGCUGUACUCUCUAUUGGCAAGUGCAGGAAACUGUGGGAUGUGUACCUGGAGAAGUGUAGCGAGGCGGCCAGCCUGCACGGCAUCACCUGGGCCGCCAUCAAGGCCCAGCUGGACGGAGUGGAGCUGAAGAAGACGUACGUGCUGAACCCGCUGGCGCCCGAGUUCAUCCCGCGGGCCCUACAGAUGGCCCAGAUGGCACGAGCGCCCAGGAACUGGAACGUGUCUCCACGAGGGGCGCAGCCGUUCCUACCCCGCCACCCGGCAGACGGACAGGUACCCAUCGGCCCAACGGGGAGCCCCAUGCGGGCCUUCACGCCACCUGUCGCUCCUCGUCCAACCUUCGGGAAGCCCCCCAGCCCUGUGCAGCGCAUCGACCCGUACACCGGCGCUAGCUUACUGUACGUGCCUUCAGCGUAUGGCAGUAACAUGCUCCUGCCCAUCCGGCCCUUCCGACCCAUCCCCCCGCACUACAACACCCACAUGCUGCUCCCCGUAGACCCACGGGUCUUCCCCCACCACCCCAUCAUGCACCCCUUCGCUGUGAACCCACUGCUGCAGCAGCAGGGUGCCGUGGCCCCUCCCACGUCAGGCGCCCACCCGACCACCCCCACUCCCACCAGCAUGGCAGACCAGGGGCAGGGGGAUGCCAGUCGGGGUGGGACUGUGGCCGGCCAGGGUCCUGACAGACCGCGGGGGACAGAUAGACAGGACAUAUCUCCUACUGCUGGUAGUGGAUCCUCCAGUCAGAAAAGACGGGGGCCAGACGGAGCCAGCGCUCCAAACAACAACCCUGCGACGUCCCGUGGCUUUGUGUUCAACCACACGGCGCGAAACAUCCAGCCCAGACCCAGUCCUACGAACCAGUCGGCUAGUGGUAGUGAGUCCCCCACAUCGCCUCUCAUGCCCCCCUCCCACCCUCACCCACAAGGAGCAGCCCCACCCGUCUCACCUUACAGGGAAAACCCCCAGCAGGGGAGACAGUUCAACCUGCAGACCAGAGUAAUGGAGGAGUCCCAGCGUUACCCUGGCAUGGCGCCACCAGUUGUGGAAGGGAGAGUUCAGGAACACCCGGAGGGAAGGGAGCCAGGGGUGGGGAGUGCCAGUAACGCCCGGCUGGGGAUGUUCGGUGGGCUGGGCGGCGGGAACACGCGGCGAAACCUGGAGCAGAUGUUCGAGGCACAGCGGCUGAGCGAGGCGGCGGAACAGCAGAGACAGCAGCAGGCUGGGUGGAGAGGGAACCUGCCGCCUGGCAGCAUGGCACAGCAGGAGGCACAGCACCACAUAGCCAGAUACACGGGCCAGCCCCUGCGGCCUGCAGGUCCCAACAUGUUCCCUCCUGAACACCUCAGCCCAACGUCCCAGCCAGGCCCGGGUCCACUGGGCGGCCCUCACAUGGGCAGCAUGGACCAGAGACAACAAGGAUUUCCUAGAGGUGUACCACCUGAAGGGAGGUUUAUGCAGCAAGGCCUAAACAGUCGCUGCCCUGGCACUGCACCUACUAUAGGGGACCAACACUUCACCACCGGUGCCCAACUCACUGGGAACAGGGACUCCAGACAGGUCAGUGCCGGUGGACAGCUGUUCCUCCGAGGGGACCAGCCCUUCCGCGGAGCCAGCCUUGGCAUGGGAGCAGAUGGACAACCCAUGGGCAGUGGAGCUCUGAACAUGGGAGGCUCAAACCAACCUCCCGGUCGAGGAAACCAGAUGUUGGAGAGGGCUAAUGUUCCACUUGGUGGUAGUGGCCAGGCUGUCGGUGGUGUGAACCAAGCCAUUGGUGGCCCUAACACAGGCGGACGGCUGAUGCCAACAGAGAUGCAAGCAGGCAUGCACAGGGGAAGUGGGACGGACAACACCAGUGUUAACCGUGGUUACAACAACGCCAUGCCGGUCCCGAGCCUCAGCGAGAACAGUGCGCUCGCACAGUUAGCUCUGGAGCAGCAGCGUCAGGGUCCCAACAGUCGCUACAGCUACCAGCCGCCGCCCAGAUUCAUCCGGCAGCAGCAGGCCAAGGCUCAGCAGGACUUCCCCCCCACCCCCGGGUCAGCCCCUGCCCAGCCGGCAGACAGCCACAGGACGAGGGAGGGGACACCGCUGUACCAGCGACAGGUGGCCCGAGGGGGGGAGGUACAGCAGCCGAUUGGCAGAUAUCUCCCUGGACAGCCACCACAGCAAGGACAGCCUUUCCUAACACCCAGCCAAACAGAACAGCGGCAGCAUCUCCAGGCAGAUAUACCUGAAGCACUACGCUUUCUUACACAGGUACCACCCCAGUUCCCACAGCCUGCUGUGAGUGCCCAGGCGGCGCCCCCGGUUCGCCAGGAGACCGCCAGCGCUACUCCUACCACCAUGUCCUACGCCAACGUGGUCCGAGCGCCGCCGCGACCAAAGAACCCCUCCCAGCCUGGCCAGGACAACAAGGGCAGCAAACCACUCGCGUUGGAUGCCAACGUAGGCUACGUAUCAGGCACCAACGGACUGUACACUUACUUCAAAUAAUGGGGCACCACUGUACAUGACAUACCACAUUGUACAUCUCAUUCUCCAAUGUAAUUACUGUACAUAACUGCAUAAA